CCGGUGCGCCUCCUGUGUUUUUCUCGCGCUCACCUCGUUGGUUUUUACGGCGGAUGCACGCUGGUAUCACAACAUCAGAGCUCACCGAGGGCGCGCGGAAAGUUCACCGCCAAGUAUGUGUGUUUGUGUGUCUGUGUGUGUGCGUGUGCGUGUGUGUGUAUGUGUGUGUGUGUGAUUUGACGCUGAUGUGUGCUCGGUGUGUCUGUCUAAUAGAGUGACCCCCCAGCGCGCUGUUUAAAGGGAAGACAAGAGAGCUGAGUCAACGAAUCACAAGGAGAAGGAUGCAACAGUUGAUGUGCGCGAGUUGCAGUUUUCGUGUGUUUGGAGGCACGCGGAGGAUGGUGAUCUGUUUGGAUGUUUUGUUGCGUUAUUAAAAACCCUUCAUCUGUCACAUAAACUGAGAUUUACACACACAAAAAAGAUCGUCUAAAAAGCAGUGGGUGUUUGGUUUUAAGCUGUCCACUCGCGCGUCUUUGUGCACCAAAAUGGACAUUUGGACAGCACCGCAUUUGGAGCGACUUCAUGCUCUGCUGGAAUGAAGUUGAAGCGGGGACUUUGGAUGGUCUGCGGCGGCGAGUAGCAGCGCAGUCUUGCACCAACAUGCAUCGGAUUCUGCAGAGGAGGCGAGUGCGCAAGCUGCGGGUCGUCUGGGCUUCUCUGGCCUUGGUGGCUCUGUCUCUGGCCGCAUGCAGCGCGCUGUUUACGGCGUGGACUUGGCGACAGACGCGGGACCUGUCCCAGUCUUUUAAGAUCCUGCAGGACCGAAUGGAGCAGGUCAAUACACAGAGGAAGGCCAUUGUUCAGCUCAUUCUGGAGAAGAGAGAGCUGCUGGUGGGGCAGAGAGUGAAGAGAGACGGGGGGGCGCUGCGAGGGAGGAAUGGAAGUGGAAAGAAAGCGGCGUCUCAUUUUGAGAUAACCAAAGUCUCCUCUCAGCAAGUGGGAGAAGGUGGCGUGAUAAAGGGUUGGGAGGAGAGGACGUUGAAUAUGACUAAAGCGGUGAGGUACAACAAGGAACAAGGCACCUUCACUGUGGAGAAAGCAGGCGUCUACUUCCUGUUCUGCCAGGUGUUGUUCAAUGAGCAGCAGUCUCAGUAUGUGAAGCUGGACGUGGUGACCAGCGGACAGAGGCCUCAGAAGCUGCAGUGCAUGGAGGGUUACGGGACGACCCCCUCCGCCGGGCCACACCCUUUCCACUUCCUGAAGCCCUGCCAGGUGUCCGGCCUCCUGCGACUGGACAAAGGCACGGAGCUGCAGGCCAUCACGGGCUCGUCCUUUAGACUCCACACUCUGGGCAACCCCUCAGCCUCGCCUCACAUCUUCAGCAUCUUUAAAGUCAACUGAAGCGUGGGAUCUUUACACAAACUCAUCCGAGAACAACAAAAGUUACUCUCUUUGUCUGGAAGAGGUGUUUUUUCUUUACGGUCAACAGUCGAGCAGUCGGGGCAUCGCAUCCGCCACAGCCUCUUCCCAAAGACGUUAAAUUGAAAGACAAUCCUGACAUUUGUGGAAGUUGUUGUGGAAUUUUUCCUCUGGACCACGGUGCUGUUUUGGAACGCAAAACACAGACUUUUGGAUUUAAACCAAAACCCGAAGAGGACGAAAUGCCGAGAGAACAGAUGUGAUGGAAGCUGCUCUGUAGAUAAAGGGCUUCAUAUAAAAAGAAAAAUACUUGGAUGUUCAUUUUAGCCUCUGUAUCCUGUAAUAAAUUGUGCUUACACUCUCUUUAUAAGACUGACAGUAAAGCUGUGCAUGCACCUUCCACUUUUAUAUCGCCGGGGCCUCAAGAAGCUGAGAGCACAUCUGUAAGCGUCCGAUCUCGACACUAUAAAACGGCCGAUGUGAGCUGUCAAUGAUAUUUUAUACGAUGUCUGUGUGUGAAAUCUGAUGAAUCAAACUUGUUUAUACUGAUUUUAUGACCUUUACAAUGCAAUGUGCGUCUGAGUGUGAACUUUUCUUUAAAUGCUUUGUAUAUACGUCACACAUAUUUUACUUUGUGCUAUCAAGUUCAGAGCUGGCAAAGAAAGGGGAACAUUUUAAAUAACGUGGAUGUGAAUUUGUGCUUAUUUUUGUGAGGUCAGAUUUGAUUGUAAGGUAUUUGUAUGUAUAGCACCAGCUUGAAACUUUGGAAAGUACUUCCAAGUUUUAGUGAGCAAAGCAUAAAGGUUUAUAGCUGUGUCUCUCUGUUCUGCUUUAUAUAUUGGUUUGAUAGAUCAUCAGAUUAUUGUUAAUUUGCGAUCAAGAAUCAGUCAUUAAAUAAUAUUGGAAAGGCCCUCAUACAUCCAAAGCUAUAGUGUGCGUUAAUAUUAAACAUUACACAGAUUUUGUAUUAAAAAAAACAGCAUUGUGUGGGAUUUUCUGUCACGAAAAGUUAAUAUUUGUAGAACUAGGCUGAGCAAAAUAUCGAAAUUAUACCGAUAUAAUGACAUGAGGCUAAAUAUCUGCUUAAAAUUUGGAUAUUGUAAUGUCACAAGUGUUGUCUUGUCUAGGUGUAAAAAAUUUCAAGCCGGUUUGAUAUUUAGCUUAACGCCGCACAAGUAUGCCAAAUUUCACCACCAGAUGUCACACUUGAAUCGGCCGCUGCUCCGGACUUAAACAUGGUGACCACCGAGUCCAAACAGCAAACUGACAGUAAUAUUGGUGCAGUUUUCAAUUUCUCGAUACACUGAUUCUGCCAAGUUUCACCUCGUAACCCCAAAAAACACAAACUUUCUAGGAAACAAACCCAUCGUGCACCACUCGUCGCUCUCCCACCUCUACUGAAACUUAAUCUCAUUCAUGUCUCUGGUCUCAACUCAGCAAUAAAUUUAGCAGUUUGCUCCAUUAGUCCGUUUAUCAACAAACAUAAUUACAGAUAGAUAAGAUAUUUUACUGUCCGUUUUCAUGGAAAUUUGUCUUGCAUCCUCAAGCUCUCAACAAUCAAUAGAAUUGCAUAGCAACAAUAAAAAAAAAAAAAACGUUAAAAAAUCUGUAAGGUCGCCCGCAAGCAGUCAUCAGAAAGACUAAACAAUAAGUGACCACAUGCCCCUCCGACAAACGCUGUUACGUGAGAAACACAUUCACAUUAUAGACACCGUACAUUCGGACAAACCCCUAUCCAGUCACAGUAUACACGUGGGAUGUACGAUGCUAUAGUGCUUAUUACUAACGCAGUAUAAGUUGAAUUUAGUGCCAUCAGCAAAGGUUGCUUAAGCAGUCUAAUUUUAAUUUUUCUGUUAUGUGUCAUAAUUACAAAUGCCGGUUCAUCCAGUUUGCAUUAAAUCAAACUGUUUUAAGUUUGCACAGCGUAUUUCAACCGAACUCUACAGUAAAGUGAUAAACAGUCGGCUAGAAAAAAUCUUACCAGACUGCUGUUGCUGUAUUAUUUGCCUUUGCCCACUAUAUCAAAAUUACUGAUGAUUACUUAAAACAACUGCAUUGUGUAGAUAUUUUGUAAAAGCACCAAUAGUUUACUAUACAAUAUCAUUACAAUAUCAAUAUCGAGGUAUCUUGUCAUCAAUAAUAUCGUGAUAUUUCAUUCUGUCCAUAUUGCUCAGCCCUAAUUUUACUAGUAUUAAGAAAACUGUUAAAAUAAGCCAAUAGCAAAACAAGAGGAAAGAUGUGAGUUCUGAUGUACUGAUUUACACAAAAAACUGACAGUUAACCCUUUAAAAACCUGAGAAAACUGGCUUGAUUUCUUACAAAAAAAUAGAAAGAAGGCAAUGAGCAACUA